GUGGCUUGCGUCUCAGUCCUGGCACCAGUUUGCUCUGCAAGCACCGAAAGGUGGAGAGAUUUUCCCCAUCACACACUCUUACUGUCAAACACACACGUUCAGCGAGAGACUCGGGACGCAUCCACACGUAACGGGACUAUGGACCUGAGCCUGCGAGAUGCUCUGGGUGGAGGUGGCGGUGGCGUCCAAGGUGGGGCCCCUGGUGAUGCCCUUCUGAAGAGAGACUUUGUGGCUUCACUGGAGAAAGAGAGCUACGAUGACAAAGUUGGGGAGACGGUCUCCAAGAGUGACUACCGACCCUUACUGGAUGGAAAGGACACCAAGAGCGGUCCAGGGAUGAUGUCAUCAAUGAUGUCAUCAGGAGGACGCCAAGACCCACCAGGACAGCCUGCCUUCAGCUCUGACUACCUGUCUGGUCCUAUGCGUGGGAUGACAGAUCAGUGGAGCCUGAACAAGACAAAGGACAGCAGCAAGCCUGACUCAUUUCUAGGCUUUUCUCAACCUGGGAUUGGAGGGACCAUGGGGUCCAGUAUGCCACCCUUCCAGACCAGUAUGAGCACUACUCUUGGCCAGACUGGAAUGAGUCCAGCUAUGGACACCCAGAAAAGUUCAAGCCAUUUUGGUGUGGAAAGCAAAACCAUCAGUAACACCAGUGGGAGCAGUCCCUUUAAAAGCAGCGAUCCAUUUUCUUCCGGUGGCAUGGGAAUCCAUUCCAUGAAUCACUCUGCAGCUCCCAUCCUCUCUCCCAGCGGCUCAGUGGAUGACAGCAGUGCUACAUCCUCCAACUCUGAACCCCUCAGCCCUGACAGAGCAGGGCUGGGGAACGAAGCCGGCAAGCAGCAGCAGCGGCGACGGAAGAAGAAGAGGAAGGGCCGUGAUGAGGUCUACGACUUCUUGGAUAGCCAGGAGAAUAACAUCAGCAGGAUGCAGGAUAAAGGCAGAAGGGAGGUGGAGGAGGACGAAGAUGAGGAGGAGAACUGGGAGUGGGAGAUCAGAGAGAGUGGAGGAGGGGGUAGGGUAAAAGGCAGAAAGACUAAGAGUCGGGCAAGACUUCCAGAGGAGUGGGGAGCUCCACAGCAGCCUGUCUCUCCCACACCAGCUACAGUUGCCCCUAAGUGGGCUGCAGGUGCUGACAUUGGCUCUAGUGACCCCAAAGCUCCAAACUCCAUCCCCAGCCCCACUCUACCCUCUGCCCCUGAACAGAUACCCACAAGUUUUACCAACUGUUCCCAUGUUGGCCAAGUAUCAGAUUUGUCUUCGCGCUCCUAUGAGCCUAUGUGUUUAGAUGACUUUUCUGUGUCUGUUAAAAAUGGGCAAAAGCCCAUUGAAGAGAGAAUGUCAGCCAAACCUGAAAACCAUAUUAGCACAGCUGCUAGUACAGUCACCAAGAAUAGUUUAGCUGGGGAUGUCAGCGGUAGCCUAGCACUAAUGACAGGGGACAACCUAAGCCCUGUCUCCCAGACCUUCUCUUUCCUUGAUUCAGUUCUCCAGACCCCACCGGGUUCCACUCCCGACUCCCAGACAACCCCCCCCAUCACCAACACAGCCUCCCUUGCUCCUGCUUCCCUCACAAAGUCAACCCCAGUAGAAACCACUGCCCCUGCUUCACAAGCUGCUUCUGAUUUCAACCCUUUCAAGAGCACUUCAGACCUUCCCCCCACUGUGUCCACCAGUCCAUCACCUUUAACUUCAGCAGAAACAUACCCGUCAGCAGUCAUAGCUGGAUCGGCCCUCAACGUCGAUGCCAAGCCUUUCAUCCCCUCAGCCACACUAAUGUCCUGCACAGCUACCCCCAGUAAUUCGGAGGCCACUCCUGUUGUUAGAACAGCAGCAGUGGCCUCCACGGGAACCGCCGGUCCUGCAUCCUCUACCACUUCAGUCACACCUCUUAAUUCCUCAGCUGCUUCCUGUAAGAAAGAAGCCACCCCUGCAUCGUCAUCACCAGACACUCCCCCCAAAUGCGUACCAGUGUCCCUUAGCUCAGCCACACACCCUCCUCCCAUCACCCAAGCUGCCCCUCCCUCUCUCCCUGCACACUCAGACCACCAGGAGUCCUCGUCGCCACAGCUCCCCCCAUUGGAAGUUAAAUCUGACAACAAAGACAAGCAGGAGAAGACAGACACCGUGUCUGGGAAAACAGACAAGAUUGACAACUUUGACAAGAAGGAAGAACAGCAGAAGGACUACGGCCCAGACAAGAACCAGAAGUCUGAGAAGAUAAUCAAAAACGAGGAAAAGCUAGAGAAGAUGAACGCGGAGAAAAACAACAAGGCCAAUGAGAAGGCAGAAAAGGUGGACAAGCCGGAGAAGACCAACAAAGAUGAGAAGAAGGAGGAGAAGGGUGUGAAAGGGACGGCCAAGUCUCCCACAGGGAAUGGUAGCAAGACCCUGGCGAGCCCUGACAGCAAGAGCAAGCCUAAUGCAGGUUCCACCAAACCAGAUUCUGCCAAAUCACGCCCAUCCACUCUCUCCACAAAUGGCGAGGCCAACUCGGCCAAACGCCCCUCCCCCACCACUGCUUCAGCCAAUAAAAAAAGCCCUGUACCCAAGGCAACUACACCUACUGCUGCCAAGCGGCCGCCAACAGCAACUAGCUCUGCUAAGGCUGCCAAGACUCCAGAAAAUGGGGAAAAACGUCCACCUGUGCCAAAGGCCACACCCGCUCCCCGUACAACUGCCAGUAAGAAUGGCUCCUCUGCAACUGCUGCAGGCAAGACUGCAGCCAACAAGAACGACAAAACUGAGAACAAGACCAGUGAGGCCAAGAAACCCAAGACUACACCCCGUCCUCGCCCAGCCUCAACCGCCGCUCCUGCUACCCCGGCUGCUUCCACCAAUGGAGAAUCCAGUGCCACUCACCGCCGUCGGGUCAUCACCAAACCCCCUGUGCCCAAGCAGACUCCCCUGGAUAAGAAACCAGCUGUUCCCCGUGCUCCCCGCACCCCCCGACCCAUCAAUGCUCCGACACCAGAUCUAAAGAACGUCCGUUCCAAGAUUGGUUCUAUUGACAACAUCAAGUACCAGCCCGGUGGAGGAAAGGUCUCUUCCACCCCGAACAACAAGACAUCAGACCCCUCCACCCCUGCUGCCAAGGCCAGAGUUCAGAUAGUGCACAAAAAGCUGGACUUCAGCCACGUCACUUCUCGCUGUGGCUCCAAGGACAAUAUCAAACAUGUCCCUGGAGGUGGCAAUGUGCAGAUCCUGAAUAAGAAGGUUGAUGUGAGCAAGGUAACAUCCAAAUGUGGCUCCAAGGACAACAUCAAACACAAGCCAGGUGGUGGUGAUGUGAAGAUUGAGUCUCAUAAGCUAAACAUUAAGGCUAAGUCUAAGAUUGGAUCCGUGGACAACGUGGGGGCAGGAAAUGGACAGACCAAUGGACAAAAGGAAGAGAAAACUGAGCAGAAAACAUCAUCACCCCCAAGUGGCACUCAGACAACAGGACCAGGAGUCACUGCUAAGGCAACAGCACCUGGAGGUGUUGCUAAGGAGAACAGCAUGAAGGAAACCACACCCACUCCUUUUGGGGGAGAUGGACUGAGGGAGCCCCUCAGUGCAGAGAAAUGCAUCACUGAGACAAACUGAGUCCCAAUGACCCACAGAUUUUGGUGGGACACGCAUGGCGCUCGCUGGCCUGCCAAUCAACUACCAACCAACUACCACGGCGCAGUCACUUUCCUCUGAUCCCGCCCUUCAUCUUGCCCACCGCAGCACCGAACUGACCGAUCGCCUCUCAGUGUUUCUCUGGGAUCUGCCUGCCAGCUUCCUGCUACCAACUUUGACCUUUGGCCCCUUGUCACCCUUGGGUUGCCCCACCUACCACAGAGAAAAGUAAUUGCUGUUUGUCCAUGUUUCUCUGUGCAGGUUUCCACCAGCUUCUCCACUGAUGCCAUUUCCUUGUAAGCACUGACUAAGGUCAUUCCAACCUUAAAGCCCAAAUGUAACAACCCCAAAGCAAUAAUCCCACAAUCAAUCAAUCAGUGCUCUAUUAAGUAUCUUGACCAUAGCCACUUUUUCUCAUAGAAUGUUCACCCUACUAGUGAAAACAGUUGCCUCAGAUCACAGUAAUGGAGCUUUGUUCUAGACCCUCUGGCAGGCUUUGACAUUUAAAAACCAAACUAACAAAAACAGCACCAUUCAUAGGUCAUCAGACGUCUCAUUACAGGUCAGUCUACAAUUCAUCACACGUUACUUCUCUUGGUAUCAGUGCAGCAGUUUGUCUCUUCAGAGUUCUUCACAAUAAUGAUUCCUUGAAUUUUAAUAUUAUGAUGUUUGUAGUCGUGGCUGCAAAGAGCACAAAAUGAAUCUGGUCUCGAGCGGCUAUGCAGAGAGAUGUCUGGAAGCAAAUCUGAAGAUGGAUUUUAAAACCAGAGCAAUAGCUUCUCAAAAGUCAGAUGGUUUUAGUACAAUUGAAAUCAUUCAGCGAUGUAACUCGUGCAUUAUGAAGGCAGCAAGAGGGAGGAUACAGGAGCUCUGCUGAAUCUCUGGGUGGUUUCGGCUCAAAGAGGAUUUGGCACAAAAAAAUCUGUGUUUGAUCUCAGAGCCAAGUGUUUUUAAAGUUAAGAUCUCUCUAAUUGACCUUGAAGGAGUGAAUAUAAAUUCCAGCUGAAUGAGUGAUAUUGAAGGAUGGUAAUAAACCUUGAAAUUAAACAGAGUGGCACAGAACACAUGCACUCUAUAAUGUAAUGUAGCACUUAUGAUGGACAGUGUCAAUCACAGUGUCACAGGAUUCUUUCUAAACAUUCAGUCACACCAGCACAUCAAAUGUCUCCAUUUCAGAGUCAUUAUAGUGUAGACCUGUGGAAUCUGUGUGAUGGUCUAUGGUUGGCAUGUCCAUACAGGCCAAAUGGUUCCUUGCAAAUUUUCACUGCUGACUAAUAGUAAGCCGUCUUGACAAUGCUGAGAGAACAAAGCAGUUUUCAACUGAGGAAGCUACUGUAGGGAUCCAGCUGUUUUUCAACAUCAGCUUUUAUUUCACCUCGGUACGCUCGGGAGCUUUUUUUUCCUUUUCUUAGUACUUGAUUGAAAUUAUAGGGCACAAUCUCUGGCACAGUAUAAAAAAAUGUAGAAGCUUAGAGAGCUGUUGUGAUGACUAACUCUACAGCAUGCUUUCUGCUUGCUAUAUUCCAGGCCACCUGCAGUAUUAAGUCAUUUGAAUUUGUUAACAUUUGUUCAUAUAUCAGGAUAUACUAACAAAAACUUCUGCUUUAGAUAAAUGAGUACAAUUCUUUUUCUUUCUCUGUUACUUACUGUCCACAUUCUCCAGAGGAAGUUGAAUACUUUGAUUUGCAACCUCUUUUCCCAAAAAAGGCAGAAGACUUUGUAGAUCAUUAAAAUGUCGUUUGGUGUUAAAAUGUUCAUUUGAAAGCAUAUUGUUGAGAUAUUCACUCAAGCUGAACUAGGGUUUAAUGAGUCACUGUUAGCUUUAUUUAACCAGGAGAGCAAUUAAGAACACUUUGGGUAAAGGCAUUUAAAAGGUAAAAGAACAUUUCUACACACCUGAAGCCAUUUCUACACGCUCACUGGUGAAACACUGCCCCAUAGUGGCAGAAGUUUUACUUACAUUUUUC